GGAUCCUGGAAGUCUAAGCUGGGGAAGAGCGGAGCGGAGGGUGCCUUCCCUUUGCAGGAUCUAUUUUGCCAGCUCCAAACCUACCCGUGCUAUAUUCUUUUUUUUUUUUUUUUUUAAUAAUAAUUGACCGACAGACUGCAACUUAGCCGGACGGUCCCUCCCCCAUUCGCAAGGUUUGCUGUGUUUGCGUAAGAAGAACAGGAGAGCGGAGGAAAGAUGCCACGUCACAUGCCGGACUCGCCAUGGUGGCUCCUGCUCCCUCAGCAGACUUUUGCUUUAUCCUGAAAACAGACAUCGUUGCCAGAACGCUGGUUAAUCAAUGAUUUUACAACAUCAUUGUAGGAUUUGAUGGCUCGCCAUCGGGAGGGAUCGUUACCGUUCUUGGAAUCGAGCUCCAUUUAGUAACUCAAUGCAGUUACGUGUAAAAGGCUUCAUCUGCUGGAUAUUACAAGGUUAACUUGGAUCCAAUGUAUUGAGAACAUUCACCGGGAAAUCCCCCUCAAGUGGAUUUGGAGCACCUCCGCUAUUUGAUCCUUGAAGACUUUGCUUUCCGUUAAGAGCAAGGUUUAUCUGGAUCUUUCCUCCAUGAAGGACAUGGAUGGACCUCAAACUAGUGGCCUGCGCAAGAAGAAGUCGAGGUCGGAAAGGAAUCGAGAAAGGAGAUCAAAUGGGAUAAGCAACAAUCGUGUUAAAGGCUCUGUCUUUCACUUCUCAUCUGACUCGGAACGGGAAGGCAAGAGGGAACCCUCCUCGUCUCGUCCGAGACCCCCGCGGAGAAAACGAAAGGAGUCUACCUCUGCCGAGGAGGACGUCAUCGAUGGUUUUUCUAUCACGGGGUUUGUGACCUUGGAGGCUCUUGAGAAAAACCUGACUCUGAAGCCCCAAGAACGCAGAGUGAACCAGGCUGUGAACUUACCGAAGAAAAAGUCAACCAGAGGCCCCAAUGGCCUGAGCCUGGAGCCCUUUAAGAACAAAUAUCAUCAUCACCAGCCAUCGGACCAGGAGAACAAUCCCCGUCUGGCGCACACACAAAGCAGAAAGAAGAAACGCCUGAGCAAGAAACGCACAAUGCAGUUGAAGCCAGGACAGAACAAACGCAAAGACAGCGACAGUGAGAGCAUAAGUGGAGAGUCCAAACCUUCCAUGAGGAGCAGCUCCAGAGACCGGCUGACAGAUUGUGAUACGGAGACUGACCAGGAUAGCAAGGUUUCUGAUGCCAGCUCAGAGAAGUUUUUCAGCACAGCAGCACUUAAAGUUCCGGAUUUUGGCAUCAAUGCGCUCUCCACCAAUGGCAGCCAGGUGCCUCACGGCCCAGGCCUCCUCAAGGUGUCAGGCCUAGAGCGCAGUCAAGAGAGGAGCCAGGAGAGCUGCAGGGACUCUCGACCUCCUUCGCCCAGCACCCCUAGUCGACCUUUGCCCCCACAAUCCCUGCGUCAACCGCAGCCCCAACCUUUCCUCCCGAAGUCGCCUCCCUCACGGAAGUCCCAGUCAAUCAGUUCUACUCAGGCUUCGACCUCCAGUCUUUCACUUUCAGAGGCUCCGCCCAGGCCUCAGUCUCCCGCAGCCGUGCCUCUCACCCAGGGACAAAAGCACUCGCCGACCCCCCCUCCCCGGCCCCAGCAGCAUCACCCGGAACUGCAGUCCAGACCCCGGUCUCAACAUAGACCCGGGAGUCAUCCGCAUCCACCUGCGCCUCAGAGCAACCAUACUCCGCUGCUGCAGCAGCAGCACCCCAGCCAGGCAGGGCCUCACCGGCCCCCCUCACGCUGCCACCCCCGACCCUUUCCUGCUUACAGCGUCCUCAACGGCCACAGCAGCAGCAGCAGGAGUAGCACCCCUGGGAGCAAGCCCCAAGGGCCUCCUGCUCCUUCCUCACACCUCCCCCACCACCCACCUCCUCCUGUGCCAGGCGCCACCGCGUCAACCUUUCCUUUGCCUCUGGCGGCUAACCACAGCACCCCCCACAGCUUCCCCCCUGCAUUGCAGUCCUCACCGCACCCUCAUCACCCCAAUAUGUUCGCUCCUCCAGCGGCUUUGCCUCCACCACCACCGCUGACGUCUAGCACCCUGCCAGUACCAGGACAUCCUGCUGCUGGGAGUGCCUACUCGGAGCAAGACCUUCUGCGUCAGGAGCUCAACACACGUUUCUUGGCCUCCCAGAGCGCCGACCGCGGCGCCUCGCUGGGCCCCCCGCCCUACCUGCGCACCGAGUUCCACCAGCACCAGCAUCAGCACCAGCAUCAGCACCAACACACCCACCAGCACACGCACCAGCACACCUUCACGCCAUUCCCCCACGCCAUUAUGCCCACCCCAGCACCAUCCAUGGUGCGUACCCCUGCCAGAAAUUUUGACAAAUACCCAACUAAAGUUGACCCCUUCUACAGACACAGUCUCUUUCACUCGUACCCACCGGCGAUGUCGGGCCUCCCCCCUGUCAUCCCUCCCACCGGACCCUUCAGCUCACUGCAGGGGGCAUUUCAGCCCAAGACCUCAAAUCCUCUCGAUGUGUCCUCGAGACCAGGCGCUGUCCCGCAUACGUUCUUACAAAAGGACCCAAGGCUAGCGGAUCCAUUUCGGCCCAUUCUCAGGAAGCCAGGAAAGUGGUGUGCCAUGCACGUUCAUACUGCCUGGCAGAUAUACCACCAUCAACAAAAAGUCAAGCAGCAGAUGCAGGUCGACCCUCACAAGUUGGAUUUUGGCCUCAAGCCCGAGUUCCUGAGUCGACCUCCCGGCCCGAGCCUCUUUGGUGCCAUCCAUCACCCCAAUGACCUGGCACGGCCUGCCACUCUCUUCUCUGCUGCAGGCCCAACACACCCAUCAGCAGGUCAUUUCGGCCAUCCAGCCCACCACCCCGGAAACUUCCUCACCCCAGCACCUCACUUAGAACCUUUCAGUCGGCCGCCCUCCUUCGGCGGACUGGGAGCUCUCAGUUCAUCGGCGUUUGGAGGACUGGGAAAUCCAGCACUAAAAUCCCUGGCAGCGGCCAACUCGAUGUUCGGCCAUAAAGAUGGCCCCAACUCGCAGCAGCACUUUGGUGGCGGUCCCAAUAGCAACCACCAGGAGCCCUGGAACCGCCUGCACCGCACCCCGCCGUCCUUCCCCACACCUCCACCUUGGCUGAAACCGGGAGAGUCGGAGAGGAGCGCCUCGGUCAGCUCACACGAGAGGGACAGGGACUCGGACAAACGCGACUCCAUCAGUAGUAAAGAUGACAAAGACAGGGAAUCUGCAGAGAAACGUCACUCGAGCCACCCCUCCCCGGUCCCGGGCAACCCCAUCGGUCUUCUGGGUCACAGUCGUCCUCCCGAGCACCACAGGAACCACCUGCCUCCUUCCUCUGGAGACAAAGACAACAAGGCCAAAGACAGAGAACGGGAACUCCCAGACUCAUGGAAAGAUAGCAGCACAGACGAGCACAAGCUCAAAGACAACCAGCACAGCGAUAAGGACGCACCUCCCAUCCAUGACGGGAGAGUAUCUGAGGACAAAGUGUCCAACCGGGGCACGGCGUCGCCGUACAUCAGACAGACCAGUCUUGAACGUCCCAACGGUGGCCUGAGCAGGGAACUUGUGGAGAAGAAAGGAGAGCUUCCCUUUGAGCACAAGAAGAACAGCGACGUGAAAGUGAAAGAAGAGCGAAAGGAGGACCAAGACGGAGUGGCAGAGAAACCAAGCGAGCACCCGCUGGUGUCGUCCACGCCCAACCUUCACCCCCCCUCGUCGAUGCCGAUGCCCAUGGGCGUGGCGGGCGUUCAUCCAAUCAACAACAUGAGCGGUCUUGAGAGAACUCGAGUGGUGGCGCCCUUCAUGGGUAUAAGCCCAAUCCCCGGCGCCGAACGCUUCCCCUAUCCGGCCUUCCACUGGGACCCCAUGAGGGACCCUUACAGGGGAUUGGACAUUCAUCGACGGGACCCUCUGGCUCGGGAUCUGUUACUCAGGAACGAUCCCCUCCACCGGCUGACGGCUCCGCGCCUUUACGAGGCCGAGCGUUCCUACAGGGAGCGAGAGCCUCACGACUUUAAUCGCGACCACAUGCAUUCUCUCGCUUUGGAACAGAGGAGGGAGCACGAGCGCGCUCACUUGGAGGAACGAGAGCGCCUCCUCAGAGAGGACUACGAGCACGGCCGCAUCCACCCCGCCAUGCACCACCCGGCCCUUGACGGACACAUACCCCACCACGCCCAGGGCCUCAUGGCCCCGGGACUCCCGGGCAUGCACUACUCCAGGGUCAGCCCCGCGGCCGCCGCCGCCGCGGCAGCUGCUGCUCACCAGAACAGUAUUCUGAAUAAAACUCCACCCACAGCCUCGCUUAGCGCCCCGCCCCCACUCAUCCCCACGCUCGGCGCCAGGCCGGGCUCGCCGAGACGGACUGCUCCCCUGGCCACCGAUAUUAGAGACAGACCUCCUCACAAGGACAUUGAGGCACGGUGAGCUUGAAUCCGGCUCACGGUAAACAAGCACUUAGCAAGACUGUAACAUAGCUGUGAAUAAAUUAUGUGGGCGGACCCAUGCCCACGUGAGAAAUUGAUUUUUGUCAAGACAAUAAUCACAGAAACUUUUGAUUUUUCCAGACCUUGCUCCAGCUUUUGUGUGUGUGUGUGUGUGUCCAGUCUUUCUAUUGUAUAGCAAAGUGAAGUGAGAUUUUGGAAUGUACAGAUACUUUAGCACUGACGGACAGCAAAGUGUGUAGAUAAUAUGUACAGUCACUGUGCUCGCUUUGUAUGGCUCAUGGUACAAAUAUGCAAAAGGGUAAUUUGAAAGCUUUACUUUGGACAAAUGUACACAGAGACGUAUUUAGGAUGUGAUUCAGAAUGUGCUUUUGCAUUUUUUUUUUUUUUUAUUGAAGCAGCCGCUUCGCAUUGUACCAGAGAGCCGCCCAUGUUCUACUAUGCAACAAUUCUGGCCUCCACUGCUUUUUAGCAAUUUUACCAAUGAAGGACAUAGAUGUUGUUUUCUCUCCACAACUUGACCAUAAAAAAAAAAAAAAAAAGUGUGCUUGCUUAAUGUAUACAGAUCCAAGCUUUAGACCUAUUGUUUUGAGAAUCACUUGGUAUUUUGUCAGGACAAUCCAAGAGACAAUAUUGUAUUUAAAGAAGUUUCUGUAUGAAAGAACAGGCAGCACAAAUUUUUGAUUCCCUCGACUGCCGCCAUUGGUCUUGUUAUGGGGAGAAUGCAUCGCUGUAAACACAAAUUUGCUUCAUAGAAGGCGUGUAAAGGUACAUCUUUUGGAACUAGAUUAGUGUAUUCAAGUGCUUUUUUUAAGUUGUGGUAUCAACAAAAUCAAAAGACAAAAAAAGCUAAGCAUUUUGUUUCUAUCAAGCAGAGAUCUAUUUUUAGUAGUCCACCGAAGGGUUUAGUUGUGCGCUUCAAAUUCGGUGAAUAUUUUGUGCAGUGUUAUUUUACUUCAACAUAAAAAUGGGCACCGGAGCCAUAGUUGGUUAGUUAAUGCAUAUUUGCAAAAAAGAUUGUUCAAUGAGAUUUUUUUUUUUUUUUUGCUGUUAACAUGUACAGGUGGAAAAAAACUGAAAAGUCUUUGUAGAUCAUGUACAAAAUUGUCAAAAAAAAAUAAGCGACUGAAUCUUCAGCAUGCCCCUCAUUUAAACAUGUGUUAUGUAAAUUGUGCCAUGUUAUUAAAAAAUGUGUACUGAAUUUGUCUUUGGAA